CAAUAAAGGAGUGAAACACACGAGAAGCAGCAGUAACCUGAGAUGAAGAGCAGUUACACCGACAGCCGUGUCUUGUGCUUCAAGCUGCUAAAACAACUUCUGAACGAACCCCUCCACAAGUCUCUCAGUGGUGUUUCUUUCAUUAAAGCCAUUGUGAAAAUGCUUAUUUAACACAUGGAGAAAAGAUUCCAGUCAUCUGACACGAUUAUUACACAGAAAUCACAUGAAAUAUGUACGUAAAGUUGUCCAUUCCCGCGUGCACGUCGAGGAUAUGAACUUACGUUGGUAAAAUAAAUGUUCACUUGUAACGUGUUUUGGGCAGUAAAUAAAGUUCGGUAUCUCCACUCAAUGUGCACGGUGUUUUUACACCGCCAAACAAUUUUACUGCUUUAGUUUUGCUCCAGAUUUGAGAGAAGAAAACACAAGCACGAGCGGCUCAUACAGGAGUACAGACACUGAGCAGAGCAGAUUGAGUCUACACGGUUCUCAUGCUGUGGUUAAGUGCGCAGCGCCGCCCAGCAGCCGCUCAUUCAUUGUUUACAGUCAUAGUUUUGAGUUCAGAAACAUUAUGGCAGAAACCGCUCCAGCAGCUGCCGCGACCAAAGCGGCCAAGAAGAAACCAGCAGUUAAACGCAAGAGAACGGGUCCGAGCGUCGGCGAGCUCAUCGUCAAGGCUGUGUCCGCGUCUAAGGAGAGGAGCGGUGUGUCUCUCGCCGCCCUGAAGAAAGCGCUCGCUGCCGGUGGCUACGAUGUGGAGAAGAACAACUCCCGCGUCAAGAUCGCCGUUAAGAGUCUGGUGACUAAAGGCACCCUGGUCCAGACCAAAGGAACCGGCGCCUCAGGCUCGUUCAAGCUCAACAAGAAACAAGCCGAGACCAAGACAAAACCCGCCAAGAAAGCCGCUCCUAAAGCCAAGAAGCCUGCAGCCAAGAAGCCCGCAGCCAAGAAACCAGCCGCCGCCAAGAAGCCCAAAGCCGCAGCCGCAAAGAAGCCCGCCGCUAAGAAAUCCCCGAAGAAGGCCAAGAAACCCGCUGCUAAAAAGGCAACGAAGAGCCCCAAAAAGGCAAAGAAACCAGCAACUCCCAAGAAAGCAGCCAAGAGCCCUAAAAAGGCCAAAGCAACCAAACCCAAAACGGCGAAACCCAAAGCUGCCAAGCCUAAAAAGACAGCAGCCAAAAAGAAAUAAACUGCAUCUUUUUGAACGUUCUAUCAAAACGGCUCUUUUAAGAGCCACCCAUUAAUUCAAAGUAGAGAGCAUUAUUUCCUCGGUUAUCUGCCCAGUGAUGUGUCCUUACGUAAUUUGGACAUUAUUGAUAAAAUAAUUUAAACUGCUUCAAGUCAAAGUUUAAACUAUUAUUAUUAAAACCAGACAAGUAAAUAUCAGGUAAGGUAGGGUUAUUCCUGUAGUACAUCUUAAAAAAACAAAAACAAAA